CCCCAAUCCCAAUAGGUAGUUGAAUAGUGACAGGUUUGUUGGUAAUUUGUAGGGUGAAGAAGAUCCUUAUUCGUCAAAUUAUUUGUUCGAUUUAGACACGGCCAUUGUAUUUCAAAAGUGAUUACGUCUUCAAAUAUAUAUAUAUUUUAAUUAGGUAUACCAAAUUCAUGGUGAGAAUUUCAUGACAAUCUAAAAAUGUCGUCCCCAAGUGCUGGAAAAAGACGUAUGGACACUGAUGUUAUUAAACUCAUUGAGAGUAAACAUGAGGUAACCAUCCUUGGUGGACUUAAUGAAUUCUGUGUCAAAUUUUAUGGACCUAGAGGAACUCCUUAUGAAGGUGGUGUGUGGAAAGUAAGAGUUCAUUUACCAGAACAUUAUCCUUUUAAAUCGCCAAGUAUUGGUUUCAUGAAUCGCGUUUACCACCCAAACAUAGAUGAGGUCUCUGGAACAGUAUGUUUGGAUGUAAUAAAUCAAGCCUGGACCGCUUUAUAUGAUUUAUCGAACAUUUUUGAAUCAUUUCUUCCACAAUUAUUAACCUACCCCAAUCCUAUCGAUCCUCUAAAUGGAGAUGCUGCUGCAAUGUAUUUACAUAAACCGGAGGAAUAUAAAAGAAAAGUUUCAGAAUAUGUCAGAAAAUAUGCCACAGAAGAGGCUCUUCGAGGGCAAGAAAACGUUAGUUCUGAUAGUGAAUCUAGUAUGUCAGAUUUCUCUGAAAAUGAAGCUGAAGACAUGGAGUUAUAACGCAGGCUAUCAUCAAACUCCACCAUCUCGCUCAAUAUGACCUCCCUAAGUGUAGGUGACAUUUACGUUUCAAAUUUAUAUGUGAUGUGCUUAAAAAGUUAUUUAUAUAUUCUUGAUUGUUUUGCCUUUUCAUAGUUUAUUUUGUUGGUCAGUCUGUCCCAGGAUUUAUUAACGCUGAUAUACACUUCCUUCUUUUAGUAUCCGUUCAUACAACUUCGAAUGUACAAAAAAAUCCUGUUCUAUAUUUUUUUUAAAGAAGAAAGCGAUAACAAAACUCUAUAAUGUAAACCAGUAUAUCAUCAUAAAUCUUUUUUUAGUAACAAAAGAAUUAAAUCGACUGUAUCGAGAAAUGGUAACAUUUAAAUUAUAGACAGGAUUUUUUGAUAAUUGUAAUAUGGAGAUAGCAUGUAUCAUAAGAACCAAUGUUACUAAUGGCGAUAAAUUAUAGUCACAUUUAGUGCCAUUCGAAAAUAAAAAAGUUACUUAUUUUUAUUUUGAAGCCAAAAACUUUAUUCAGUUAACUUAUUGUUUUUUUGUGAACCAUUUUAAUAUAAUUUUUAUUUAUUACAAUUUUAAUUUAUUUAGGAAAUUUAGUUUAUUUUAUUUUGCUUAAAUAAGUUAUUGAAAUAUUUCAAACAAAUACCGCGAAUAUUGGUUUUGUAAGGUUAUUAAGUUUUCAACCAGCAAUUUUUAUUAUUUUAUUUUUCUUGAAUAAUUCGUGUUUCAAAAAUAAGUAAAACGGUUUUGUAUUUAUUUUAAUUAAAAUAUGCGACCAAAGAGGUGUUAGUCUUAAUUUAAAUAAAUGGACACUUUUUGAUGCAUGCAAAAUCUCGCCAAAACAUAUCUUGACAUAUUGUAUCCAAAAUACUACAGUAGUUUAUAAAAUACCCAAAAAUUUGUAAAAUGAUAUCCACCCUAUAGUAAUACAUUAUUUUAAAUUUUUAUUUCAUUUGUGUGUUCGCUUAAAAUAUAUAAAAUAAGUACUAUAUAAAUUUUAUAUACACAAAAUGGCCAGUCUAAAUUGAUAAUCUAAUUAGAUAUUUUCUUUCGUAUUUUUUAUGCACGGAAAUAGAAUUUUAUAAAAUUUAUCGAAUGUAAAUACUCAAGAAAAUAUUAAAAUAUCUUCCAAUAUCUAUAAAACGGGGGCGAUUAGUAAGGCUUAAAUGGAAAUUCAUUCUUAAAAAUGUACUAUUGAUAAUACUUUUGAUUUCUAAGGAUAAACAACAAUUAUUGAAUCAUGUACAUUUAUUUGAAGUAAAUUUCCAAUGUGAUAAUUUGAAAUAUUUUGCCAUUGCAACACCCCUUAAUUGUUUUUCAAUAAAGAAACAAACUUCUAAGGUGAAAUAAUACACUUGAAUAAUUAAAACGACACGUAAUUUUAUGAUCACAACACGGAUUUAUGUAGUCUUGUUCAAACUACACAGUACUCUUACAAAAAUAUGUUCCUGCGUUAGUAUUUACAGUAUGAACAAUGUGUUUAAAUAACACCCGUGUUUUCAUUUUUUUUGCUAUUGUUCUAGCAGAUAAUAGUCAAAUCAAAUACUUGCGUAUAAUUAAAAUUAAGCAGGGGAUUAAUCAUAGAAUUAUCAUAAUAAUCAUCUUUUAUUGUAUCAAGUUAUUAAGUACUAUGCAAAUUUUAUAAAUGUUUAACCAAAACAAUUCAUAGGAAGUGUUUUUGUAAAUGAAAACAGUGUAUAAAUUACCUUCUUAGAGGUUUGUUUACGUUUUACUUUUGAUAUAAAUUACAAUCUGGCUUUUGUUUAUUACCAUUUGCACGUGAACAAAAAUCAUGAAAGACGAUUAAAAGAAAAAAGAAUCUGUAUUUUUUGUGCAUAUUGUAGAUACUCGAUCCUUGUUCGUCUGGGACAUUGUACAUAUUAUAAUAUCCUAUUAAUAAGAUUUUAUGCCUUUUAACCAUUCAGGAUAUUCAUAUAAAAAAGUUGGAUAUUGACAUUAUUGUAGUGCAAAGUUCAUAAAUGCAUGUAAUACAUGUCGAUAUCCAAAAUAAAAAGGAUUUAUUAGAGAUUAAUAUGUCGUGUGAUUUUUGAUCUAAAUGUGUAAUUUUUCGAAUUUUAUGACAGUCAUGUGUUCGUAAGCAUGCUUACAUAUUGAAAAAAGAAGGAGAAAAAAAAUAAUAUUAGAAUUACGAAUUCGUCUACAGUAGAUGUAUACAUGAAAGUUUAAAUUUCGUUGCCAUUUAACCGUAAAUAUUUACCUUGCUUUCCGUGAUGCUGUGUAUUUCAAAAUAUAUCUUAAUGCAAUAAUUUGUGCCUCUAGAGCAAAUAUAAAAUGUGUCCAUAAGAGAUGAAUGUUUAUUUACAAUCUGCUCGUUGUUUUUAGUGUCUGACAUGCAUUUAUUUGCUUUAAAAUAUAACUUCAAAUUUUUGAUUAUUUAACGUUUUAAACUCAAUUGUGGUUGCAUAUUGUAAUAAAUAGUCACACUUGCUCCAAAAUUCGAUAAAAGAGUAUUUUUGAUACGUAUUACGUUUGUCGGACACUUACGAAAUUCCAUGGCAAAAAUUAGUCUAAAAUUACAAGAAUGCAAACAUUCUAAAUAUCUGAUUAAUAGAGAAGCAAUUGUAAUUGUAAGAAACACCAAGCGUCUAUACUAAUGUAUUGUGUAUUGUCAAAUGUUCGUCUACUAAAAUUGUUAUUACAGUAGUAUGAGCAGUUUUUCAAUCCGUCCAACCAAGCACAGCAUCUUUUUUUUUGAAAACGGCUUGUUAUCGUUAAUAUACAGAGCUUUAUACUAAUUUUACCACCUUUCUUUCUUUCAUUUGAUUUACUAAUGGCUUAUAAUGAUUGCUCUCUAUAGCUACUUCGCAUUCAAUUUAUUCAUCAUUAAUCCAAUGUAAAAUUAAGAUUUCCGAACAUUCAUCUCUAUUAAUGAAUUUUUGGACAAUUUCAACGCGCUUUAUUUUCGAAAUUUACGUGUUUCUUGGACAAUUUGUCUUCCAAAAGAUUUCACCAAAUUCACGUGAUUCUUGUUCGUUUUUCCUUAUUCUUAAAAAGAACGUAUUUAUGAACAUAUAUUGUUUGCAAAUGGGGUGUAAUAACUGUGAUUUUAAAUGGACGAUUUGGAAAACUACUAUUAUAUACUUGUUACUGCCAAUAUUAAUGACUUACCUGUUCAGAUUGCUUAAUAGUAAUAGAUUUUAGUUUUAUGAAAUAGUUGCCUUACUGAGCGAGAAAUAAUGUUUAGUUUAAUUACGUAUCGGUAGUGCAAUAGGUUUAUACUCUUUUAACUUACAUUAACUUUCAUUUAAGAGGUCAUCACACUAUUUACUUCGCGGUUUUUCUGUAAUUAAACCUUUAAAGUAGAAUUUUUACUUUUCUUAAAAAAAUUCCACGUUGAAGCGAAAUGCUUCUGGUAAUGCGAUGCUUGAUUUAUGAGAAACGGUUUAAUUUUGUGUCUUGUGAAUUUUACAUUCGACAAUAUAUUUUGAAAUCAGGGAUUUAAUGUGCCUAGAAAGAUAUUGCGUACAUGUAACUGAGUAAUGUAUUUUUUCUCACAAUGAGCGAACGAUAAAGUGUUUUUACCUCUUAAGAUUUUGUGGUCUCAUAUUACAUACAAUUUAGUUAAAUAUUGUACAUAUUAAUAUUUAUAUUUAACAUUUACCUAUUCGCGUCAAAAACUUUAAGAUAUUAUUUUAAGGUAAAUUAGUGUAGUGAAGAUUUUUUUACAUUUUAGCGUCGUAAACUAGUUCGUAAGUACGUUUUUUAUCAUUCGGAGAGUUCAUACAUAACGUGUCUUACUAGUUACUAUUUCAGUUAUAUAAAUUAAUUUACAGCACAAUAACCUAAGAGUUUUCUUUUAAGGAUUUGUAAUGUAAUCUUCAUUUUUAUUACGUUGCUGAACGAUUUAAAAAAAUAGUUUAUAUUAUUUUAAUGUGACACUUCUUACUUACGUGUUAAUAACGUAUAUUUUUAGUUUCCUAUGUUGUUACAGUGUGGUCUAACAAAAGAUUUCAAUUUCCUCAACAAUUAAUUCGUGGAUCACUACAUUUUUAUUAGAUUUAAAGUUGAAUAACAUAGUUAUAAGAUGUAGAUUCCUAAAUUUAUAUUGUAAAUGUGGGCAUAACCGUUUUUUAACUGUAAAAUUGGUUGAUAUAAUUUUUAUAAAAUUGAUUAUAGUUGAUAAAAAGUAACAAUAACAUUCAUAUAGAUCAUUGAUCACGGUUUCUAUUUUUAAUGAACAAUGAACUUUUAAAUGUAGAUCAUUUGGUAGCGUUCAAUAAUAAUAAAGAACUACAUUU